AUAAAUAACUAAAUUGAUUUCACUGUAAUGUAAACUUGUAAUGCAAAGUGCAAAAUAAUGUGGUGUGGUUUUCUCUUGGGCAGUUAAUUCUCCAUGUAAAAAAAAUUUAUUUAAAAAAAAUGUAAUAUUAUAUAUAUAAUUAGCGUUUGUAUUGCAUGCUGUCUGUUUUAGUGGAGGUCACUUCCACCCAGGUCUUGUUAAUUGGAAACUUUCUGAAGAUGCUUUUCUUGACACAUACAAAUGAAAUAUCUCAUUAUACACAGCCAUGUCCUUAAUCAGUCCUUAUUAACAAGCCACAUGUAGAAGACAUCUAUGAAUACUAUUGACCAUCUAUUAAUUAUACACUGUGCUGCUUUACAGAGAUGUGUGUGUGUGUUUGUGUGUCUGUGUGUGUGUGUCUGCAUCUGUACAUGCCCCUGUGCAUGCCUACGCAUUUCUUGGGGUGGGAGGGAAUAAGUAACAGGAACUCUCCAGUGAUGCAACGCUUCAACGCUUGUCUUUGUGACCUUGGGUGAACCAGGGAUCAUUAUGUUAUUCACUCUUUACACACUGAAACAAAAUAUAUACAUGCAUUUCUAUUUUAAACAAAUUAUCUUGAGGCUACUUGGAGUCCGGUGAUGUGGAUGUCUUUCGCCUUAAGUCAGAAAUGGACAUAAAGGUCAAACCUGCAGAAUGACAGUGCAGGCAGACAAUGGCGGAGAGAUGGCUGUGGACAUUAGUGCCAUGGAGAGGAGGCUGGAACCUGCGCUCCAAAGCGCCUGGACAAGAGGAGGAACGCCGUGUAAGAGCCAAUGACCGGGACUACAAUGAGAAGUUCAAUUACGCUGACAAUCACAUCAAGACAGCAAAGUAUACCUUCUACACCUUUCUACCUAUUAACUUGUUUGAGCAGUUUCAGCGGUUUGCCAAUGCAUACUUCCUAGUUCUGCUUAUUCUGCAGCUAAUCCCAGAGAUCUCCUCUCUGUCCUGGUUCACCACUAUUGUGCCUUUGGUAUUGGUACUGACAAUCACCGCUGUAAAAGAUGCUACUGAUGACUAUUUCCGCCAUAAAAGUGAUCAACAAGUCAACACACGCCAGUCUCAGGUACUCAUCAAGGGAAUGCUUCAAAAUGAAAAAUGGAUGAAUGUUAGAGUUGGAGACAUUAUAAAACUUGAAAACAACCAGUUUGUUGCUGCUGAUCUGCUUCUGCUCUCCAGCAGUGAGCCCUAUGGGCUGUGUUAUAUUGAGACAGCAGAGUUAGAUGGAGAGACGAACCUGAAGGUACGCCAAGCUCUGACUGUAACUUCAGACCUCGGAGCGGAUGUUGCCAAGCUUGCAGAGUUCGAUGGAGAAGUUAUAUGUGAACCCCCUAAUAAUAAACUGGAUAGAUUCACUGGGACACUGUACUGGAAAGACAAUAAGUAUCCACUGGACAAUGAGAAAAUGUUGCUGAGAGGGUGCAUGGUCAGGAACACAGAGUGGUGCUUUGGGCUGGUCAUCUUUGCUGGGCUCCAGACUAAGCUGAUGCAGAACUGUGGGAGGACAAAAUUCAAAAGAACCAGCAUUGACAAGCUGAUGAACACUUUAGUGCUGUGGAUCUUUGGAUUCCUUAUCUGCAUGGGGAUCAUUCUGGCUAUCGGGAACACCAUCUGGGAAGAAAAAGUUGGAAAAAACUUCUUUGCAUAUCUGCUUUGGGAUGAGCUUCUAAGCAGUUCUGUCUUAUCCGGAUUCCUCACUUUCUGGUCUUACAUUAUCAUUCUCAAUACUGUUGUUCCCAUCUCGCUUUAUGUUAGUGUUGAGGUACUGCGCCUGGGCCAUAGUUACUUCAUAAACUGGGACCGCAAGAUGUACUACAGGACAUCUCCAGCUGAGGCGAGAACCACCACCCUGAACGAGGAGCUGGGCCAAGUGGAGUUUAUCUUUUCAGAUAAAACUGGAACCCUAACUCAGAACAUUAUGGUCUUCAAUAAAUGCUCCAUCAAUGGCAGGACAUAUGGAAAUGUAUACGAUGAGUUUGGACACAAAGUGGACAUCACGGAGAAAACACCAUGUGUGGAUUUCUCUUUCAACCCUUUAAUGGACAAGAAGUUUCGUUUCUAUGACAGCAGCCUGGUAGAGGCUAUUAAACUGGAGGAUCCGCUGGUGCAGGAGUUUUUCAGGUUGCUUGCUCUGUGCCAUACAGUCAUGCCUGAAGAGCGGAGCGAAGGGGAGCUGGUGUAUCAGGCUCAAUCACCAGAUGAAGGAGCCUUGGUUACUGCAGCUCGCAAUUUUGGCUUUGUAUUUCGAGCCAGAACACCAGAGACCAUUACCCUGUAUGAGAUGGGCCAACCUGCCACCUACCAGCUUCUUGCUAUACUCGAUUUCAACAAUGUCCGGAAGAGAAUGAGUGUUAUUGUGAGAAAUCCAAAGGGGCAACUGAAGCUUUACUCUAAAGGAGCUGACACAAUAAUAUUUGACAGGCUAGACCCAACCAAUGAGGACCUUAUGUACACUACCUCAGAUCAACUUAAUGAGUUUGCUGGGGAGGGUUUGAGGACGUUAGCUUUGGCCUGUAAAGAUUUGGAUGAGGACAUGUUUGAUGAGUGGAUGAAGAAGCUCCUGUUUGCCAGCACAGCAUUGGAGAACAGAGAAGAAAGGGUUGGGGAUCUUUACGAGGAGAUUGAACAGGGUUUAACGCUUCUUGGAGCUACAGCCAUAGAAGACAAAUUGCAGGAAGGAGUGCCAGAAACUAUUAGCUGUUUGACCCUGGCCAAUAUUAAGAUCUGGGUUCUCACUGGGGACAAACUGGAGACAGCAAUGAAUAUUGGAUACUCUUGUAACAUGUUGCGAGAUGACAUGAAUGAGGUGUUUAUAAUCUCAGGUCACACCACGCUUGAGGUUCAGCAGGAGCUGAGAAAUGCCAAAGAAAGAAUUAUGGGUCCUGACAAAGAGAGGUUUGCCAGCAGCCAAGAAUUAAGAAAGACUGAUAUGUAUGCCAGUGACUCUGUGUUUGAGGAAACCAUUAUUGCAGAAUAUGCACUUAUCAUUAAUGGACACAGCUUGGCUCAUGCACUGGAAGCAGACAUGGAGCGGAUCCUGUUGGAAGUGGCCUGCUUAUGUAAGACUGUGAUCUGCUGUAGAGUAACUCCUCUGCAAAAAGCUCAGGUGGUGGAGCUGGUCAAGAGGCAUAAAAGAGUGGUAACCCUGGCCAUCGGUGAUGGAGCCAAUGAUGUCAGCAUGAUCAAGACGGCCCACAUUGGUGUGGGCAUCAGUGGGCAGGAGGGCAUGCAGGCUGUUCUGGCUUCGGACUACUCCUUCGCACAGUUUCGCUACCUGCAGCGCCUUCUGCUGGUCCAUGGUCGUUGGUCCUACCACCGCAUGUGCAACUUCCUCUGCUACUUCUUCUACAAAAACUUUGCUUUCACACUUGUACAUUUCUGGUUCGGGUUUCUGUGUGGUUUCUCUGCACAAACCGUGUAUGACCAGUGGUUCAUCACCCUCUUCAACAUAGUCUACACAUCUUUGCCUGUUCUUGCAAUGGGUUUGUUUGACCAGGAUGUGAAUGAGCAGUACAGUCUGCGUUACCCCAACCUGUACCAGCCUGGGCAGCUCAAUCUCCUGUUUAACAAGCGGAAGUUUUUCAUGUGCACCAUCCAGGGCAUCUAUACUUCAUUUGUGCUCUUCUUCAUUCCCUAUGGGGCUUUCCUGUGUGCUGUGCGAGAUGACGGCUCUCACAUAUCUGAUCAGCAAUCUUUCGCCGUUACUAUAGCAACCUCACUGGUCAUCGUGGUUAGCGUCCAGAUUGGUCUUGACACAAACUACUGGACUGCCGUGAACCACUUCUUCAUAGGGGGUAGUCUGGCAAUGUACUUUGCUAUACUGUUUGCAAUGAACAGUGAUGGAAUCUUCUGGAUUUUUCCAAACCAGUUUCCAUUUGUAGGCACUGCACCUAACUCUUUAAAUCAAAAAAGUGUGUGGCUUGUCAUUCUCCUUGUGACCGUGGUGUGUAUAAUGCCGGUUGUGGCCAUACGCUUUCUCAGGACAGACCUAAAUCCUACACAAACUGACAAAGUGCGCUUGCUCCAGCAGGCCAGCAGGAGGCAGGGGCCUCAGGAGCAGAAUCUGAGACGAGUGCGCAGGACCAGUUCCCGCCGCUCUGCCUACGCCUUCGCCCACCAGCAAGGAUAUGGAGAGCUUAUUACCUCUGGCAAGAACAUGAAGGUCACCACAUCCUCCACUUCAGGAUUCCCUGGCUCAUCUCCACAGAGAAUCAAAAGCAGUUCCAGUUGGGUGGACGACAUGGCACAAAAGGAAACGGACAUAAACCAUACAGGAGCUGCUGAAGAGACUAUGAAUUCAGGAGCAGCUGAAGAGACUAUGAAUUAUGGAGUUACCAGGCAGCCCCGGCAUGGGAGCAAGCAAAGCCUAGAGACACUAUAUACAAAAUAAAUGACUGGCAGACAAUACAAGAUGCAGGGUGGGCUGAAAAAUCGCAGCUCAGUGAAGGUAAGGCUCUUUAGUCACAUUCAAAAGCAGGGAGAAGCACCAAGUGAACUUGUAGGUACUCUAUGAAAAGGUACAGUAUGACAUAUGGUUAGUAUCUCAAUUGUUCAUAUCAUCCCAGCAUGAUAUAAAACACAGAACACUCAAGGCAUGCUCAUGCACAGCCUUUCAGGAAGCAGUUCUGGGUGGUCAAACAGCAGAAGACAUGCACAAGUGGUGGCUCUAAAAGAAAAGCAGCAUUGCACAGGAGAGACUCCAAAGAGCAAGCAUAAUGAAGCACAUAUAAGAGUCCUUAUCUUUAUCAACUAAUUCCCUUGUUCAUGCAAAUGCACUCCGUUCUCUUGCUGCACUUUCAUUUAAUUGAUUUCAUUUCCCUGACUGGCCGAGACAAGCAUGCAAAGGCAGAAAUGUUGUUUCAGACAGCCACCUUUUUUUUUUGAGGGAAUUUCUACAAAGAUCUUUCAUAUGCUUCCAGUGUAUUGCAGAGCAAACGAGUUCAUGGUGUGAUUAAUUUCAAUGCAAUUAUCUGAGGUACUGGUAAACCGCAGUUCUCUCAGAAGGAACGAUUUAUAAUUAGCUCCAACGAUAUCACCAACUUGGAUGUAUUUGUACACACAAACAGUCUCACAGUUAGGAGUGCAUUUGAAAGCAAUGAUUUUAUCUAAGACAGGGUUGAAGGUGUUUACAUGUACUGAUACAAUAAUACCUCUACUUGAAUAAUUGUAAUGCUCAUUUGCUCAUUUUCAAAUCAUUUCCAACUUUGCUCAAUGAUUUUUAGUGUACAUCAGAUGCAGUUAAGAUUUAGCAAAGGUUUUCGCUUAAAAAUAUGCUUAAGAGCAAAUCAUCGAACAUUAGCAAACAGAAAUAAGCCCCAUGGCUUUACUGUAAUAUAGAUUUAAAAUAAACUGCACAAUUUACAUUUUAAAUCAGAAAUGAAGAUUGCCUGUAAAUUAUUAUUAGCAUCGUUAGAGCACCGCAUGGGCUGAAGGAUCUGCUAUUGGUUCUGCUAUUAAGGGAACAAAAGCACAGCCCCACCACCAUUUUUAAGCAACAAACCAUGCUAUAUGGGCACGCACCAUUUAUUUUUUUUAUUAUUCCUCUGUAGCAUGCAUAUAUCACGUUGUAGUUGGCAUCGGGUUUGCAUGCAGUUGGCAAAAUGAUAAAAAGAGUAAAAGGUUAUAGUAUAGAGGCUACACAGCUGUGCCUUUCAUCCCCCUCCACCGACAGGUAAAGCUUUUACUGUGUACAGGAACAACACUGUCUACAGAAAGGGUGACAAAUUGGGCAUUUGUUUCACUGUCCUUUUACAAAAGGAAAUAUUUGUGCCUUUUUGAUUUCAGAAAAAAUAGAAAGCAUAUUUUGUCCAGUAUUUAUCUCUUUGCCAUCAAGGCCUUGUUUGUGUUUUGUUUUCCAUGUUACAGACUCUCCAAAUACCUGAUGUACAAAAUACUGUUUAGUUCACGUUCAUGUUACAGUAAGAUGUAUUUUUUAUUAUUAUAUUUGAAACUAUGAACACUAUAUUGACUUUUUAUUAUAUUGAUGUACAGUUUGCCUUGUUUCAUUUAACACAUGUUAUGAAUGUAUCAAAGAAUUUCCUGCUGUGAAUUUUGUCAACAAAUACAAUGCAAAUUGUUUAUGGUUUUUAUUUAAAUGCAUGGAUUUUAUACAAUUUAUUUAACUUUUUAUAUGAUGCACAUAAAAUGUCCAUUCUAAAAAGCUCAGUGCAUCUCUGUGAUCUGUGAUAUUACUUAGUGUUUAUUAACUUCAGGGUGCGCAGGGAAUGCAUCAGUA